AUGGACGCCAACGCGCGACGGGCAUCUCUGGAUCGAAAUGGGUGGGUCGAGGUCAUGGACGAGCAUGGCGUGGUGAUGUACAGGCACUUGCAAAGCGGACACUGCCAGUCGCAUCUGCCUGUGGUCGGCGCGCCAUCCGAGUACAAGAGCCUGGACUGUUCGAAGUCCCGACGGAGCCUCGCCCAUCGAUCAUCCUCAGCCUCGUCCGCAGACGACGAAAAAGCCCUUCAAGUAAGGAUACUGCGGAACGUGAGCAAGAGCAUGAUCAGCGACUACAUGACCGAGGUGGACAAGUUCAACAUGGCUAAGCCGUACGCGCGCCGCCCCGACGGGACUUACGAGGACGCGGCAUGUGUCGUGUGCAAGCAACAACCGACGCACAUGGUGCUCUUUCCUUGCCAACACAAGUGUGUGUGCGAUGCGUGCAUCCAGUCCCUCGGUGGGCAGUCUUCCUUUACAGGGUGUCCUGUGUGUGUAGGGGAAGUCAAAGUCAUGUUUGAGUGCACAGGUCGAGAAGUGGACGAGUACUGGGACUGGGUGUACGAUGUCAAGCCGCAUCUGUCGCGGGCGUUCGAGGUCAAGUUUAAGUCGACGGCGCUAAAGCUGGCCAAGCCGCUUGGAACUGGCGCUGUGGUCGUACCCACGAACGACAAGCACGGAUCGCUCCAUCGUCGAAUAUCCAAUCUCCUACUAGGACGAUCUGUCGACGUAGGACAUGCAGACGGACCAAGCGACCGCCGCACGUCAUGCAUGCUCAUGUAG